CGCGCCAAGGCCUGCCCGGGCCCUGCCUCCCUGCGGGGACGGUUGUGCCUCGCGCCGGAAGCGCGCGGGGAGGGGGCGAGACGGAAGUGUUGGCGGCGGGCGCUGCCCCGCUCUCCCGCCCUGGCUCUCGCUGCGGCACAAAAGAUGGCGGCGAAAACACAGGGCGGGAUCCGCCUCAGCGCGCUUUGUCCAAAGUUCUUGCACACCAACUCUACCAGUCACACCUGGCCUUUCAGUGCAGUUGCAGAACUUAUAGAUAAUGCGUAUGAUCCAGAUGUGAGCGCUAAACAGAUAUGGAUAGACAAAACAGUGAUAAAUGACAAUAUAUGCUUGACGUUCACCGAUAACGGCAAUGGUAUGAACUCAGAGAAGCUGCACAAAAUGCUAAGCUUUGGCUUCAGUGAGAAAUCUGUAAUGAAUGGCCGUGUUCCAGUGGGAUUGUAUGGAAAUGGCUUUAAAUCUGGGUCUAUGCGCCUUGGAAAAGAUGCAAUAGUCUUCACUAAGAAUGGAGAAACUAUGAGUGUGGGCCUGUUGUCUCAGACUUUCCUUGAAGUUACAAAGGCAGAACAUGUCAUGGUUCCUAUAGUGACAUUUAGCAACCAGCGACAGAUAAGUGAUCCAGCAGAAUCCAAAAACAGCCUGAAAGCCAUCUUAACGCAUUCUUUAUUUUCUACUGAAGAGAAAUUACUGGCAGAGCUAGAUGCUAUAAUGGGGAAAAAGGGAACAAGAAUUAUCAUCUGGAAUCUUAGAAGAGAUAAAAAUGAAAAAACAGAGUUUGACUUUGACAAGGAUAGAUAUGACAUCAGAAUUCCAGAAGACUUAGAUGAAACAGGAAAAAGAGGAUAUAAAAAACAAGAGAGAAUGGACCAGGUUGUUCCAGAAAGUGACUACUCAUUACGAGCUUACUGCAGUAUUUUGUAUCUGAAGCCAAGAAUGCAGAUUAUUUUACGAGGACAAAAAGUGAAAACGCAGCUGGUUUCCAAAAGCCUUGCAUUCAUUGAGCGCGAUAUAUAUAGGCCAAAAUUUUUGAAUGCUAAAACAGUAAGAAUUACUUUUGGAUUUAACUGCAGAAACAAAGACCACUAUGGAAUAAUGAUGUACCAUAAAAACAGACUCAUCAAAGCUUAUGAAAGAGUUGGCUGUCAGUUAAAGGCAAACAACAUGGGCGUUGGUGUAGUUGGGAUUAUUGAAUGCAACUUCCUAAAACCAACUCAUAACAAACAAGAUUUUGAUUAUACAAAUGAAUACAGACUUACAAUAGCAGCACUAGGAGAAAAGCUUAAUGAUUACUGGAAUGAAAUGAAAACAAAGAAAAAUGAAGAAUAUCCUUUAGCUUUGCCCGUUGAGGAGAUACAAAAACAACCUGAUCAGACGUGGGUGCAAUGUGAUGCAUGUCUGAAAUGGCGGAAGCUACCAGAUGGAAUAGAGCAUUUGCCAGAGAAGUGGUACUGCUCAUUGAACCCCGACCCACAAUUCCGGAGUUGUAAUGUGCCAGAAGAACCUGAAGAUGAUGACUUAAUACAUCCUACUUAUGAAAAAACUUAUAAAAAAAAAGACAGGGAAAAACUGAAGAGGCGACUGGAAUACAGCCAACAGCUCUGUAAUGAAAUGUUUUUAAAAACACCUGUUUCUUCAAGUAAAGACUUUAAAACAUUCUCAGCUGUGAGUGGAAAGGAAGCUGUUCCAAGAUCAGUUUUACCAGAAACAUCAAAUGCUUCUGUCAAAAGACCUCUACUUGUUUCAAAUAGAUCAGUAUCUUCACCUGAUUCUGAUAACAGUCUUAAACGGAAGACACAGAGUCGUUUGACAUCUGUGUCUUUAAAGACACCUCGGUUAAAUGACAAAACAUUCAGUAGCCACACUGAUGAUGAUGACGAUGAUGAUGAAGAUGUCAUCAUUUUAGAGGAGAGCAGUACUCCAAAGCCUUCAGCAGAUUCUGAUGUUCCUGUGGUAAAAGCUGAAUGUAUUAAUCUGGAUCAGGAAGGGAAGCAGAAAGAAAACUGCAGUGUCAGAGAACCUUGUAGUGCAACUGCUUCAGAAUCAAAAAGUGAACAGUUGACUUCAGCGACACAGACUGAGCUCCCAAAAUUAGUUGUUAAAAAGGAAGAGGUGGAAGACAAUAUGGAUAUUCAAGUGCCCGGAUCAGAAAUAGAAACGAAACAGCACAACGUAAAAGAUGUUUCUGAGACAUCCGCAGAUGUUGGAAAUGCCUUGAGUGAACUGAAAAAUCAGCUGCAAUUGGUAAACAAAGAAAAAGAAACAUACCAAAACAUGUGUGAAGUAUUAACCAGUCAAGUGGAAACACUGGAAGAGAGGAUAUUAGAAAUGAGUAACAAGUAUGUGAAAAAAGAAAUGUGCCAUCAGUCAACUGAGACAAUUUCUUCAUUUGUAGAAGAAAAGGUUCAUGAGAGAAGUUUGGCAGAAGUGACCAUUCUCUAUGAACAGGCCUUAGAAGAAAUAGCAAAACUAAAGGAACAAUGCAGUACUCUGCAGAGCUUAAAAACUGAAUGCACCAAGUGUGCUGAUGGUGAAAAUAAGAGUGAGGUAGAUGAAAUUGCUGUGCAGCUGGAUGAUGUUUUCAGGCAACUGGACAAAUGCAGCAUUGAGAGAGAUGGAUAUAAAAGUGAGAUUGAACUACUAGAAGUGGAAAAAACUCAACUUGCCUGUCAAUGUGAAGAACUCAAAGCAGAAGUUGCACAGUUAAAAGCUUCAAUUCCACAAGCGGUAGCACACGCAAAUGAUUCUACAACCAGUAAUAUAGAAGACUCAGUAAAUUUUUCUGAUGGAGAAAGCCUGAAACUACGCUCCCUUCGAGUGAAUGUUGGACAACUUUUGGCUACAAUCAUGCCUGAUCUAGACUUACAGCAAGUAAAUUAUGAUAUUGAUGUAGUAGAUGAAAUUUUAGGACAAGUUGUGGAACAAAUGCAUGAAAUUAGUAGUACUUAAUCCUUUAAGAUAUUAGCAGACUCCUACUUGAUUUUCCAUUAUAACCUUAGUGUAGAUUCCAAAUUGUAAAUAUUGCCUCUUCACUUUAUAUAUUUGACACCACUUGAUCAGUAAGUGUAUAUAUUAUAUAUGUUUAGAUGUUUCCACAGAUGCAGUGGGUGUUAUCUUAACUUCCUCUUAAAGGAACACUGUUAAUAUUGACUAACCCCUGAUGUACUUAAUUAAGGCUUUUGCUUUUAAAAAUGUAUUUGUAAUUAAAUUUGCAAAUAUUUUUAUUAUUAGGAAUCUUAAUACUUUUCUACAGAAGCUUUUUGGUUGACUUUUGAUCUUAUAUAAGCAUUAAUACUUUCAAUUAUUUCCUCCUCCAAAAUCUAAGCAGUGGGAUAUGUUUAAAAAAAAAAAAAAAACUUCCUUGAUUUCCUUCUCAGAACAAACCUCAAUAGUGUUAUCGUAAACUACAAUAUUGUUUCCUUCCAAUGUUGUUGUAUGUUGCAUUAAUGGGAUAGAAAUAUAACUAGUAGAUGAAAACUUUGGCCAUAUUUGUAAUAUUGUAUUGUACUACCAAAAAAAGAAAAAUUCUUUAAGGGCUUUAUCCUGAGAAUUGGUGAUCUCCUUUAGAGUUUUUGGAAGUCACAGAUGUUUGUUUUCACACAAGAGCAUUAUUUGUGCAUAGUUUUACAGCAUAAACAAAUUCAUGGAAUGUGCCUAGGAUAUUUCAGCCUCUUCAGUGUUGGGAACCACAUGUCUGUUUGUCCUGCCCUUGCUGCUUGGUUGUUGUUUUCUUAGGUCUAAGUACCUGCAUUUGUAUAAGUGCAGUCAGAACAAUGUCCAGUUCUACCCUGUAAUUCUCGUUUGAACGCAGCAUUGCUCGUUCGUGAGUCCAAGUACGUACCUGUACAUGGGCUCAAUGGUCUGUUUCCACAUGCUGUCUUAUGGGCUGUUCCCUGCUUUCUUCCAAGGCAAUGGCAGCUGGUGAAAUGGAAGUAUUCCUGGUGGCCCAUUGGAGAGAACAUGUUGGGGUGACAUAUCCAAAGCUAGGUAGGAUUCCUGGGGGACCUCUGUUCUGCCUUGAAACACCACUUCUCGAGACCUAAAGCCCUUUUUUCAGGAAAGCCUCGUGCUGAACACAGUUGACAUAGAGGUUCUGUCAUGUGUACAAAUGCGUAGGAGGGAUUUGUUAUGUUCUCCAAAAACAAAUUGCUGCAGUAUUAAAUGCAGUUUGGGGUCUUUCAGGCUGAGAUGAGAUGGUGCUGAAGUUGGUCUCAGAAACUGACCUUCCCAUCAGAAUGCACCAUGCUGCAUAUGAAUGUCUGAGAUUACCAAAUUCUGGAUUAAUUACUUGAGACUUUUUGAAGUAUUUUGAAAAGGAGGCAUGUUUUCUUAUCUGUGGUGUUAAUGACUAAGGAGUGAGCUAAAGCUGAAAAUGUUCAAAUACAACUUGUUUAUGCUGUCUUAAAAUUUAGACAUCUUUUAUUAUAGGCAAAAUAGAUGAGUCUAUUUUUCCAUUGUUUUCCAAUCACUUUCACUGCAAUUUUUAAGCCACUAGUUGUAUGCUCUAAUGCUUGUGCAAAAACUUUUUGGAAGAAAUGGCACAGAGAGAAAAUGUUAAAAUGGUGGCAGUAUUCUCCUCAGCCAGUUGCAUGUUUUUCCUCAGCAGGAAUGAGAAGAGGGAGGGCAAAGACAGCAGAUCCACCUUUUAUCUGUGAUGGUAUUCGCAAACAGUGAUCAAGAAACAUGACAAGUGGUUCUUGUUUUUUAAAAACUUUUUUUUAAAUCAUGAAACAACCUUCAAUGAAUGUGUUCAUUCCUGGGAAGCUUCUUUUUUAUAUAUAUAAAAUAUAUAUAUAUAUGUGUGUGUGUAUGUGUGUGUGUAUAAUAUAUAUAUAUAUAUAUAUAAUGUGUGUGUAUAUAUAUAUAUAUAUAUAUAUAAAAAAAAGGCAACAUUCUGGGCUUUUGCACUGUUACUCUCCUGAUUUAAUUAGAUUGUGUUCCUUUUAGUUGUAUUUCAUUCAGUUUCUUUCAGUGGAGACUAUUUCAAUUUUAAGAUUCUAUCUAUUCUAAUAUUAUGCCAAUAAGGAUAAUACAAUACUGUUGUACUUUAUAAUGGCUAAAUUGAAUGUUUGAUUUUGAAGAGGUGGCUGUAAUAUAACUGUUUGUAUGAUUUUUAAAAAGUUUAUAUUUUCCAUUUAUUGGUGUGUAGUUUUUCAAUUUAAUAUUAUUUAUUAUGUUUCAUCAGAUUCUGUAGUUGAAUUUAUUAUAGAUGACUGGCAAAGUAUAGCAUAUGUCUAUAUUGAAAAUGGAAAAUUUACACUGUACAUUUACACUUUGAAGAACAGUGGACUAAUGGAAAUGGUUUUUAUUUACUUGUUAAAAUGUAUUUUUUGUAAAAAAAAAUAAAAAUUAUAUAAAUCUGAGUUUGCUGGAUCAAAACUUGUAUGUGAUCAAAUGCAAUGUUUUUGUUUCUAAAUAAAUGCUAUGCAGAA